UUGGCCAGCCACGAGGAAUUCAUUUAUUUUCGUCUCAGAGAUGUUUUUACGGCGUCCUCAAAGUUUAGGACUUUAGUUUCAUUGAUGUUGUUGCAGUUUUUGGAGAUGAAAGCUUGAUACACGUCUCGCCCUUUGCUGUCUAUGGUCUUGCCAGAUUAACAAAUCUUAGUAUGCGGAGCAGCGAACUUCCUUGAGGUUGUAGAAAACUUUGGAUGGGAUCAUCUUUGGUGCAUUGGGGACAUGGAUCUCGGACAUCCGGUUAGUUCUGCUGGUACCGUCACUGAAAAGUAGCAGAUUGACUUGUUGAACACGAUGAUGAAAGAAGAAGAUUUAAAAGAGGAGCAAUGUGAUCAUAUGAUUUCAUGUCAAGAAGAAGACGAAAAGCCAUUUGUUGACUUUGACUGUCAAACUGAAACAGACUUUGCUGAGUCCAACGUUAGUUACAAUGAAACACAACAAACAGCAGCGGAGAUUGAAGUGAAGAUUGAAGAAGAAGAAGAAAAAGAAGAAGAGUCCAACGGUACUUACACUGAAACACAACAGACAGCAGCAGAGAUUGAAGUGAAGAUUGAAGAAGAAGAAGAGGAGUCCAAAGUUAGUUACAAUGAAACACAACAGACAACAGCGGAGAUUGAAGUGAAGAUAGAAGAGCAGGAUGAUCCGCUAGGAAGUACACCAGAAGACCAAACUUUAACACAACCGGAGAUCCAUGGACGGAAUGAUGAACUCGACCUGCAACAUAAAGGAAGUCUCUACAACGGCACAGUCUGCAGGAAGAGUUUAGCCACAAUGAGUGAACUGGAGAAACACCAGCAAACACACACUGUUGACUUGAAUCUAAAGAAGAACACCGUCAAAAGGCCUCAUGAAUGUCCAGAAUGUGACAAAACAUUUACGUCUCAAACACGUCUUGAGAAACAUAUGAGAACACACACCGGAGAGAAGCCUCAUAAAUGUGCCCAGUGUGGAAAAGGUUUUUCAUACAGUUCAACUCUUAAAGUCCACAUGUUAGUACACACUGGAGAGAAGCCUCAUAAAUGUGUCCAGUGUGGAAAAGCAUUUGUAAAGGUUUCAGAUCUUAGACGGCACAUGUAUACGCACACUACAGAAAGGCAUAAGGAGGAUACUAACAACGGCACUCAUAACUGUGUCCAGUGCGGAAAAAGUUUUUUUUCAAAUUCGUGUCUUAAAAGACACAUGGCAACGCACACUGGAGACAAGCCUCAUCGGUGUGAUCAGUGCGGAAAAGCUUUUGCCCUAUUAUCGACACUUAAGCACCACAUGCUAAUUCACACUGGAGAGAAGUCCCAUGUCUGUGUCGAGUGUGGAAAAUGUUUUUCAAGAAUGUCAAAUCUUAAAAGCCACAUGCUAACACACAUUGCUAGGAACCUGCAUAAAUGUGCACGCUGUGGAAUUUUUUUUUCACACGUUGAACAUCUCAGAGCUCAUGUGCAAGUGCACACUGCAGAGAAACAUCACCAAUCUGCAUCUGAAGAUGGUAAAAACUAUAAGCUAACUCACACUGGAGAGAAGUCUCAUAAAUGUGCCCAGUGUGGAAAAUCAUUUAAAAGCACCAGAGAUGUUAAACGCCACAUGCCAAUACACACUGCAGGGAGGCCCCAUAAAUGUGCCCAGUGUGGAAAAGCAUUUCAAAGGUCCGUCGAUAUUAAACGCCACAUGCAAAUACACACUGGAGAGAAGCCCCAUAAAUGUGCCCAGUGUGGAAAAGCAUUUCAAAGGUCCGUCGAUGUUAAACGCCACAUGAAAAUACACACUGGAGAGAAGCCCCAUAAAUGUACCCAGUGUGGAAAAGCAUUUCAAAGGUCCGUCGAUGUUAAACGCCACAUGAAAAUACACACUGGAGAGAAGCCCCAUAAAUGUGCCCAGUGUGGAAAUUGUUUUACACUAAUGACACAGUUGAAACGCCACAUGUUCACACACACUGCAGAGAAGCCCCAUGAAUGUGCCCAGUGUGGACAAGGUUUUACACAAAUGAUACAGUUGAAACGCCACAUGCUAACACACACGGGUGAGAAGCCUCAUCAAUGUACUCAGUGUGGAAAAGCUUUUACGCAUUCUUCCACUCUUAAAUGCCACAUUCGUAUACACACUGGAGAGAUGCCUUAUCAAUGCACUCAGUGUGGAAAAUGUUUUCCAUAUUUUUCUCUUCUUAACUGCCAUAUGCACAUACACACUGGAGAAAAGCCUCAUAAAUGUGCCCAGUGUGGAAAAGGAUUUUCACGAAUGUCAACUCUUAAAAUCCAUAUGCGAACUCACACUGGAGAGAAACCUCAUCAAUGUGACCAGUGUGGGAAAGCUUUUAGACAAGUUUCAAAUCUUAAUAUACAUAUGAUGAGGCACACUGGCGAGAAUCCCUUUAAAUGUGCCUACUGCGGAAAAUCUUUUUCUAUCAUUGCAAGACUCAAUGGUCAUAUGCAAACACACUCCGGAGAGAAGCCUCCAGAAUGAUCCAAAUCCAUUGUGACAUCACAUACUGGAGAGAACUCUCGUGAGUGUUCCAAAUCCAUUGUGACAUCACAUACGGGAGAGAACCCUCAUGAGUGUUCCAAAUCCAAUAUGACAUAGGGUGCGUUCGUAAAUUGCACUCCGAGCGCUCCGAGCACACUCUGAAACUUUUUUAACCGUUCGUAAAUUCAGAGUGUGGAUGGAAUUAUCGUUCGUUUAUUCAGAGCGUCACACUCUCGGAGCGCUCAGAGCGUACUCUGGGCACUCCAGCUGAAAGGACAGAGUAGCAGAGUGUGACGUCACAUCAGUCAGCUAGUAACGAAUCUAGUUACCUACGUAACGUUAACAGGUUAGCAUUUUAGUGCUAGUGCUAGAAGAACGUUUCCAAGUUGACAUUACAAGCGUUGCUCAUCAAGAUUAUGUAGACGGUUUAAAUAACUGCUCUCACAUUGUUCUUCAUCAUCACUGUCAAGAAAGCUCUUGCAUCAGUGGAAUUGAGUUUUGAAUAAUACAUAAACCCUGUUUCAAAAGUGCCGUAGUGGCGUCCAUAUUGUAAACAUAAACACAAAUAAUCGUUCGUAAAUUCACUGGGAGUUAGAAUGCUCGUCUUUUUCGAACUUCAGAGCGUUAUUCUAUUUUUCAGAGUGUCAGAUUGAAUUUACGAACGCACCCAUGAUACUGGAGUGAAACCUAAUGAAGAGGACAGGACCGUAGAAAGGCCUUCAUGAGUUUCAAAUCUCUGCUAUAUACGGCCCUGGGCUGGCCCCAGGUCACUGUUCCCUACAAAAUUUGACUGAAUUUUAACAAUUCUCCACGGAAAACUGUUUUAUUAUAUAUUUCCCGAUCUAGGUGUGCAAAGCUAUAAUAGAGACAUCCAAACAGAUUGAUGGCCGAAAUGAAAUCAAAAGGAAGCUUUAGAAAGUAUUAAGUCAGGGGUAUGAUGACUUUUCCAAUCCUGUUAUUCCAGUUUUUAAUUUUCUAUUAAUUUUGUCAGAACUGUUGCCUCUUUUUUCAUUAUUUUGAUGUUGUAGCCUACAGCUAAAUGUGUAAAUAAAACUGG